AGUGAGCUGGAGGACAUCCUGUCAUGUGACGAUGAUGUCCUCAAUGACGUGUACAUGUAUUGGACUCCACCUGUCAGGCGACUUCCGCCUCUACUCCUGGUCAGGCUGAAGGCAGACCUUGGUCAGUAUUUGGUGGACAGAGGAGCUGAUGGAGUGAGGGUCUUCUUCUGGUAUCACAGACAGUUCAUUGAGGCUGCUACAGACAAAUAUUGCUCUGAUCCUCAAUUCAACCAACAAAUGCAUGGAACUCUGGCUGAUUUUUUUGCUGGAACCUGGGCAAACGGUAAAGCUAAACCAUACGUAGACAAGAAGGGUAACAAAGAAACUGCUGACCGUAAGCCAGCAUCACAGCCAGACAAAUUCAAGACAGGUUAUAACUUGAGAAAACUGAACAACCUUCCUUACCAGCGGACAGAGGCCAAGCAGUUGGGUCUCCUGAAGGAGGAGUGUUUGAUGAACUUUGCUUUCCUUCUGUCAAAACUACAUGCAUCAGGUUUAAGGCCUAUCCUAGAGGACUUUAUCGCUGCCAGAAAUGUGUACCCAGAUGACCAAGAACUAAAGAUUGUUGGAGAGAGUCUUCAGUUGUCCCAAGAUGCUCUGGUAUCCUAUCCCAACGAGCUUCCAUCUCAGCUGCUGGGAAGGAUCAAAGUAUGGGAUGGCCUGGAGAAUCUCCGAGAUGGUUGUAAGACGGCACCAGGGUACUUCCUUCAGCCUGACAGAUCAGUCCUAACCGAACCCGGUGGACAGCUGGUGAACUGUCUUGCCGGACACAAA